AUGGAAAAUAAUGAAUUAGAUGACUACAUUUAGCUUAAGAAAAAUGUAAUAUAAUUAUACAAAUAUAUUAGUAUGCUUUGAGAGAGAAUGAAUGGAAAAAAGAUAAGGCAUUGUAUGAAUAAAAAAUACAAUUGUUAGAAAUUCAAUUAGAAGAUUAUAAAACUAGGGAAAUGAAUUAAAAAAAAUUGAAUGAUACUAUUACUUAAGCUAUAGAUAUUUCAGGAAAAUCAUAAGUAUAAUUAUAUUCCUAAAUUAUUAAGCAAAAAAGCUAUACAGAAUUUCAAAAAUCUAUUGAAGUCUCAAUGGCAAAUAAUAAAAAACAUUAAGAUAGCAUAUCAAAAUUAGAAGAAAAAGUAAAUUAAAAUCAUAAGUUUUAGCUAAGAUGUAUGAAUGAAUAGUUAAAUGAAAAAGAAAUUUAAAUUAAAGAUCUUGAACUUUAGUAACAAAAAUAAUAAAUUACUUAUGAUCACAAGAUUUAGAGUCUAGAAUCUGAGAAAUAAUAUUUAAACUAAGAAAUUUCUAAAUACAAAGAUUAAAUAUAAAAAAAUGAAGAAAAUUCUAAGUCAAAAGAAUAAGUAUUAAAAUUAUAGUGUGAAUAAGAAAUUCAAAAAAUUAAGGAUAACUUUUUUAAAGACAUGCAAGAAAAACAAUCAGAUUAUGAUUAAAGAUAUCAAUAAUUAGCAUAAUUAUACGAAAAAGAAAAAGAACAAUUACAAUAAAGAUUAAUUCGAAGUCAAAAUACUAUUAAAAAAUAUUAAACUCAUAUUGAAUCUAAUUAAGAAAUAUAAUAAAUGUAAUAAAAGUAUGAUGAAUAAAUUGCUGCUUUAAAAUAAGAAAUGCAUGAACAGUAAGUUCAAUUUCAAUAUGAAAAGAAAAUGCUAAAUAAAUAAAUAGAUGACCAAAGAAUGUAAAUUUCAAUUUCAUCUAUAUUUUAGAAAUACUAAUAAUUACGAUAGUACUUCAAAGAAAAAAAGCUUAGAUAUGAUCAAAAUUAGAAAUUCUGUUGUUUCAUAAGAAAGUCCUGUUCAAUGCAAAAGUUUUCAUAUAUCCUAACCAGAUUUUAAAUAAGUUCUCUAAUAACCUAAGAAUUCAAUAACAUCUAUUUAAAAAUAAUCAAUGUAACCUCCAAAAAACAAUUAAUCAUUUGAAAAAGUCAAAGCUAACAAUCAUGAUACUCUACCUAUGCCUAUUGAAGAUUUUAAUUUAAUGAUGAGUAAAAAAGCCAAAUCAUAAUCAACAAAUUCUCUUCCUUCAAAUAAUUUAAAUCUUAAUUCUUAUCUCCAGGAUGCAAGUAUUAUGAAAGAAGAAACUGAAACUGGAGAUGAAUUUAUAAGAUUUAAGUUAUCUAAUCAAUAAACAACCAGAUUUAAUAAUGAAGUUGAUCAAAGAAGAUCUUAUUCUCAAUAAGGCAAUAAAGUACAUAGUAUUACUUCAGCAACCAAUUUAAGUAAAAUGUUAGGAUAGACAGAUCAAAGUUAUUAAAAUUAAAAUACUUCUAUUUCUACUUAAUAAAAAACUCAUAAUACUUCAUUUUCACAUUUUAAGGUUCCAUCCUUUACUUAAGGUUAGUUAAACAAUCUAAAAUAUAGUUUAUAUUAGCAUUAACCUUAAACAACUUUAAGAAUGAAUGAUAAUCAUAUUAAUUACAUUUAGUAAAUUAAGGCAAGAUAUAUGAAUUAAGAUGAAUCAAACUAGAAUGAUUCUACUUCGUUUAAAUAUGUAAAUCAAAUUGGUAUUAAUAGAAUAAAGAGAAUUAGUAGCCAUCAAAAAGUGUACAUAUAAAUAAUGAGAUUAAGUUUUUGAUUGGUAAACUACUUCAAGCAAAAGGAAAAUUGACAACUGAAUUAGAAAAUACUCAAAAAUCUUGUAGAUAUAAGACUUGA